CAGAGCAGAUGGGACCGGAUGGUUCAGAUUCCACGUUCGCUACUGGAAGUUCUCAAGCUCCGCAUCAGGUGGAUUCUCAUCCAAGUCAAGCUCCUGAAAAUGGAGAGAGCAACAUUGACCGCGAACAUUCAUCGGAACCAUCCAGAACACAUGAAUUAAUGUCCGGCAUUCUAAAAAUCGUACCACCAGAGACUGAUAUUGAUGCAGACUACUGGCUCGCUUCUGAUGCCGAUGCUACUAUAACUGAUACAUGGUGCGGUUAGUUGACAGACCAUCGACACUUGGUCCGCCUCUUACAUAGAGAAGUAGCAAUGACUCUGCAAUGCACAUUGGCAUUGAUGGAGGAACUGGAGCUUGGAUCAGCAGGCCACCUUGGACGGUGCAAGCUCUGUUCCAGCCGGUUGAUUGGUGAAAGCAAAGAGAAUACAGUGUAGGAAGUAGGUCUUGUACAUUACCAGGAUUAUUUCAUUUUAGCUGGUACCUCUUCUGGUGCCUCCAUACCUUUCUCUUUAGGCUCAGAAACCCCGCAGUAGGUAGGUUCGAGCCUUUCUUUAUACUGGCCUUCGUUUAGAGGGGCUGUGUCUGCAUACCAAGUUAGAAAGGCAACACAGUCCAGAAGAAGGCCUAUUCCACCGGUCAGUGUAUGUUACUAUCUUAGCUGGUCAUCUCCCCUAGACCCCUACCGAGGAUUGACAUUGAUGUAUAUCCUGACCAGCAACCUUGAUUAC